GAGGUAUGCGCCUCUGCUCAGGUUGCGUCAUGCCACUUUUCGUGACACGUAUGAUUGUGAGCCCGUGAGUGAGGCUUACCUGCUUCGCUGCUCAUUUGCGCAAUUCCCCAACUACUCCUCCCAUUUUCCAUAACAUCUUCGUCUGUAGGUCGCAAUCGGACCAUGACCACAAUGGCUUCCAUACGCUCAACCAUGAUGCUGCAUCGCUUCGCACGCCAGUCUCCAACCGCGAUGCGACUCCUUCCCCGCACAACCCCUCUUCAGCGGCGAAACUUCGCAUCUCACCAAGACGCGACACACGCACAGGUUCCAUCAUAUGAGAAGGCGGAAAAUGGUCGAGGGAAGAGAUUCAGCCAGUUCGACCUUGGUGGCAAAGUCUUUGUAGUCACAGGUGCAGCACGCCGUCCUCCUCACUCGCUUAGAGCAGACGCAUCAAGUUGAUGAGGGAAGAUUAACGUGUACAUAGGGGGCGGACGUGGACUAGGUCUCUGCAUGGCCGAAGGGCUUGUGGAAGCGGGCG